UUAGAAAAAAAAAAAAAAAAACAGUUGUUAGCAUGGUUUGUAGUGUGCUUCUUAGUAAUUAUAAAGCAGUACUUUGUUUACUGAGUUUGGAACUCCAGCAAUUAUUGCUUGAGAAUACUAGUUCAGCUGGGUCUGUAAUCCAGCAGUUGAUACCAGCUCUCUGAUCUCUUGUUCUGCAUAUAGACAGGAUCUUCCUAUCAAAAAGUCUGGAGUGUAUUUUAAGCCGACUACUCUUGUUCAGAGAUCCAGGAGACAGGAUUUGUGACACAAAAGAUAAGAAACAGACUUCACUGAGAAAGAGGAGAUGCAGAAUCUGUGUGCUACAAGUGGGAGAACAGAGCAGUGCUGUGGAGAGCACAGACGGAGACUCGAGUUGUUCUGCCUGGAAGAUGAGGCCUUUGUUUGUGUCCUGUGUGUUCCCAGACAUACCAACCACAGUUUUGUGCUCCCACAAGAAGCAGUUACUGUGUAUAAGGAGAAGUUAAAGUCGACCUUAUCAUCUCUGCAAUUAAAAGUUGAAGAUCUUAAAGAUUUGCAAAAUGACAAUACGAAGCAGCUCCUGGACAUACAAGAACGUGCUUGCAGUUUGGAACAAUACAUUACAUUACAAUUUGCAAAACUCCACCAGUUUCUCAAUGACAAAGAACAAAAACUCAUUCAACAGCUUAAGAAUGAAGAGGCCAAAAUUCUGAAAGAGAUGGAAGAAAAUCUUGAAUGUAUUAAAAUUACUAUUAUGGACUCCCACAUGGCAGUGUCUGAAACCAGCAUGGAGCUCAAGAAAGAAGAAGUGGAGACUCUGAUAGAAAUGAAAGGAAAUUCUGAAGACAUUAAAACUUUUACUGUGGUAACUCAGGAGGCAAAAGCUGAUGUUAAUUUGAAGGUCAUAAAACAAGAAACUAUUGAUUUUUUAACAGUACCACAAACAUUUGAUGAUGUCACUGUCACUUUCUCAGAAGAGGAAUGGAAGAUGUUAGGAAAACAAGAGAAGGAGCUUCACAGGGAAGUGAUGGUACAGAACUAUGAAAACCCAGUUUCAAUGGGUGAGACACUGCAGUUACAUCAUCCAUCAGGGAACCUGCAGCAGUGUGAUCUGACAGUGAAGGGAUCUGAGAAUCAUCUCCUCACUCCUGUAACCCAGCUUUACUCUGAACUUACCUGUGUCCCAAAGUCUGAAUGGGAUAGUGAAACAUCUCAGGUGCAUCACCUGACGGAGAACCUGCAACAUUGUGCUCAACCUGUGAAAAGCUGCAACAAAUUUCAUCUCACCCCUGUACCACAACUUCACUCUGGAUGUAACUUUAGUAAGAACUCUGAAUGUGAUACAGGUUUUAUUGUACAGCAAAAUCCAGUAAUACAGCAACGAUCUCACCCAGCGGGUACUCCAUAUAAAUGUGCUGAAUACAGUAAAAGUUUCAUACCGAACAGCAAUCAAAUAAAACAUAAAAAUCACAUGGGGGAAAGACCAUAUAAAUGCCCUGAAUGUGGUAAGAGUUAUAAAGGAAGGAGUGCUCUUCUGUAUCAUAAAAAAACUCACACUGGGGGGAAACCAUAUAAAUGUACUGAGUGUGGUAAGUGUUUCUCUUAUAGUAAUAGCCUGAUGCGCCAUAAAUCCGUUCACACAGGAGAAAAACCAUAUAAAUGUGCUGAAUGCGGUAAGUGUUUUUCACAAAGCAGUGAUAUGAUACGCCAUCAGGCCGUACAUACAGGGAAUAAACCAUACAAGUGUGCUGAAUGUAGUAAGUGUUACAAACAAAGCAGUGCACUUCAGUAUCAUAAAAAGUCUCACACCGGGGAGAAACCAUUUAAAUGUACUGAAUGUAAUAAAUGUUUUACACAUCAGAGUGGUCUUCUGUAUCACCAAAGAACACACACGGGUGAAAAGCCAUAUAAAUGUGCUGAAUGUGGUAAGAGUUUUUCGCAGAGCAGUGACAUGAUACGCCAUCAAGCCAUUCACUCCGGGAAGAAACCAUAUAAGUGUGCUCAAUGCGGUAGGUGUUUUUCACAGAGUAGCAUUUUAAUACGCCAUCAGGUCACUCACACAAGAGAGAAACCAUUUAAAUGUACUGAAUGUAGUGCGAGUUUCACACGACAAAGAAAUCUGAAAGCUCAUCAACAGUUUCACUCAGUGGAGAAACUCUUAGCAGAUAUCAUUGACUUGCCGUUCCUCCUGUUUCUUCAGGUUGCCUAUGCACCUGGACCAGAAACAGAACUGACUGAUAUGGUUCAAAGAUCCAAGGGACUGAAACUGCAACACACAAAACAGGAAACAGACUUCAGGGAGAGAGAAAAGAUGCAAAAUCUGUGUGCUACAAAUGGGAUGACAGAGCAGUGCUGUGGGGAGCACAGACGAAGACUGGAGUUGUUUUGCAUGGAAGAUGAGGCCUUUAUCUGCGUCUUGUGUGUACCCAGGCAUUCCUGCCACAGGUUUAUGCUCCUGCAUGAGGCAGUCAGUGUGUAUAAGGACAAGCUAGAAACUGCCUUAUCGUGCCUACAGUUAAAAGUUAAGGAUCUUAAAGACUUACAAAACAAGAAUGAGAAGGAACUACCGGAUAUAAAAGAACAUGCCUGCAGUUUGGAACAAUACAUUACACUACAGUUUGCAAAGCUACACCAGUUUCUCUAUGACAGGGAACAAAAACUCAUUCAACAGCUUAAGAAUGAUGAAGCAAAAAUUCUGAAAGAGUUGGAAGAAAAUCUUGAAUGCAUUAAAGUUAAUGUUCUGGACACCCCCAUGAUAGUAGCUGAUGUCAACUUGAAGCUCAAGCAUGAAGAAGUGGAGACUCCGACAAAGGUGGAAGAGAAUUCUGAAGAUGUACCAGAAACCUUUGAGGAUGUCACUGUCACCCUCUCAGAAGAGGAGUGGAAGAUGUUAAGAAAACAAGACAAGGAGCUUCACAGGGAAGUGAUGGUGCAGAACUGUGAAAGCUUUGUUUCAAUGGGUUUGAUACCUCAAUUACAACAUCCAACAGAGGACUGGCAGCGAUGUGCCCAGCCCGUGCAGGGUAACAGCCAUCUUCUCACACCUGUACCACAGCACCAGUCAGGACAUAGCUGCAGCCAGAGCAGUAAGCAUGACAGUAAAAUACCUCCGUUACAUCACCUGAUGGAGAACCUACAGCAGUCUGGUCAGCCUGUGAAGGACUGUGACAGGCUUCAUCUCACAUCCGUACAGCAGCUUCAGUCAGGACUUAAUUGUAGCCAGAUCUCUGAAACUGGCAGAUGUUUCAAUGUGCUUCAAAGUCCAGUAAUACAGCAGAGGUCUCAGACAGUGGGUACACAGUAUAAAUGUGCUGAAUAUAGUAAGAGUUCCAUACAAAAGAGUAAGCUAGUCAAACAUAAAAAGAAUCACGUGGGUGAAAAACCAUACAAAUGCCCUGACUGCAGUAAGUGUUACACAGGAAAGAACGCUCUCCUCUAUCAUCAAAAAACUCACAGGGGGGAGAAACCAUAUGAAUGUACUGAAUGCAGUAAGUGUUUCGUUCAGAGAUGUGACAUGAUACGACAUCAAGCUGUUCACACAGGAAAGAAACCAUACAAGUGUACAGAGUGUGGCAAGUGUUAUACACAGAAGAAUGCUCUCCUGUGUCAUCAAAAGAGCCACAAGGGGGAGAAACCAUAUAACUGUACUGAAUGUAAUAAAUGUUUUUCACACAAAAGUGGUCUCCUAUACCAUCAAAGGACUCACCGAGGGGAGAAGCCAUUUCAGUGUGCUGAAUGUGGCAAGAGUUUUUCACAGAGCAGUGAUAUGAUCCGUCAUCAUGCUGUUCACACAGGAAAGAGACCAUAUAAAUGUGCUGAGUGCAGUAAAUGUUUUUCACAGAGCAGUAUUUUGUUGCGCCAUAUGGUAAUUCACACAGGUGAUAAACCAUAUAAAUGUACAGAAUGUAGCAAGAGUUUCACAAGACAGAGUACUCUUAGAGCCCAUCAGCAAGCUCAUGCAGAUGAGAAACUUGUGGCAGACAUCAAAAUUGAAGCAAUACGACUACAAAUGUAUCCAGUAAAUGAAGACGGAGAACAAAUUCUGAAAGAGAUGGAAGAAAGCCUUGACUGUAUUAACAAUAAUAUGGACAUCAACUCACCAGUGGCUAAUGCUACAGUGGAGCUCAAGAAAGAAGUAAAUGUUCUGAAGGAGACUGAAGAAAACACUAAAUAUCUCAAGAAUUAUUUAAUGUCCACCCAGGCAGUAAUGUCAAAUACCAAGUCAGCGGCUGGAAAACAGGAGGCUACUGUUUUUCUAACAGUACCAGAAACCUUUGAGGAUGUUGCCGUCAUUUUCUCAGACGAGGAGUGGAAAAUCUUAAGAAAAGAAGACAAGGAACUUUACAGGGAAGUGAUGGUGCAGAACUAUGAAACAUUGGUUUCAGCAGGAUACAAAAUCCCCCCAGAGAAAUUAUUACUGCUACUUAAGGAGUGUUGCAAUGAACUGCUUAAGCAUGAGUUGGUCGUGAAAUAUGCGACAGAACAGAAGGAUGAGAAGGCAAAGAGUGUCAGAAGCACAGAGGGCUCUGUAAGUUGGAGUAACCAUUCAUCAUUUGGGACACUCCAGUUACAUCAUCCAUCAAAGAAUCAGCAACAGCACACUCAACUUAAGGGCUCGGACAAGGGUCAGUGCUCUCCUGAAUCACAGCUUCACUCAGGACAUAACUGCAGCAGGGACAGUGAAUGUGAUACAAGUUUUAACUGCAGCAGGGACAGUGAAUGUGAUACAAGUUUUACUGUACCGCAAAGUCCAGUAAUCCAUCAGAGCUGUCACUCGGAGAAUGUGAUGCACCAUCAGGCCACUCACACAGGGAAAAAAACAUACAAAUGUCCUCAGUGCAAUAAAUGCUAUAAAGCAAAGAGUGGACUCCUUUACCAUCAAAAUACACACACGGGGGAAAAACCAUACAAGUGCUUAGAAUGCAGUAAAUGUUUUUCACGCAGCGGUAGUCUGAUGCGCCACCAAACUAUUCACACGGGGGAGAAGCCAUAUAAGUGCAACGAGUGCAGCAAGUGCUUUUCACGCAGCAGUAAUCUGGUGGCCCAUCAGGUCAUUCAUACAGGAUUGAAGCCAUAUAAAUGCACUGAAUGCAGUAAAUGUUUUUCACAUACCCGUCAUCUGGUACGUCAUCAAGCCAUUCAUACAGGGGAGAGACCGUAUAUAUGUGCCGAGUGUAAUAAGAGCUUCGUACAAAAGAGUGAUUUACUAAAGCAUCAAAAAACUCACUCUGGGGAGAAACCAUAUAAAUGUGCUUUGUGUAACAGGAGUUUUAUACAGAAGAGUGACCUAUUAAAACAUGAAAUGACUCACACGGGGCAGAAACCGUAUAAAUGCCCUGAGUGCAGUAAGUGUUUUUCACGGAGUAGCAGUUUAAUGCACCAUCAGACCAUUCACACAGGGACGAAACCUUAUAAAUGUCCUGAGUGCAAUAAAUCUUAUAUAGAAAAGAGUGGUCUUAUAUAUCAUCUAAAAACGCACACUGUGGAAAAACCAUAUAAAUGUGCUGAAUGCAGUAAGUGUUUUUCAUAUCGCAGCACACUGAUGCACCAUCAGACCAUUCACACGGGUGAGAAACCAUAUAAAUGUCCCGAAUGUGGUAAGUGUUAUAGAGACAAGAUUUGUUUGCUGUACCAUCAAAAGACACACACGGGUGAGAAGCCGUACAAAUGCCCAGAAUGCGGUAAAUGUUAUAGAGGAAACAGUGCUCUGCUGUAUCAUCAAAAGACUCAUGCAGUGGAAAAACCAUAUAAAUGUCCUGAAUGCAACAAGUCUUACAGAGGAAAGAGCGGGCUUCUAUACCACCAAAGGACUCACACGGGGGAGAAGCCAUAUAAAUGUACUGAGUGUAAUAAGUGUUUUUCACGUCGUAGUAUUCUGAUGAACCAUCAGUCCCUUCACACAAGGGAGAACCAUAUAGAUGUGCUGAAUGCAGUAAGUGAUUUUCAUGUAGCAGUAAUCUGAAAUUCAUUAAUGACCCAAAAAGGUUGUAUAGGAAACUACGAAAUGAAAGAAUAACAGUGAUAGAGCCACCCCAAAAAAAUCAAUGAAUUUUGGAGAAACAUUUUUGAAUAUCUUGUUAAACUAUACAAAAAUAAUGAUUAGGUAAAAAACAUAAUUAUUAGGAAAUGCUAAUGCAUGGAAUGAAGUAAUAGCCAGUGAAACUGAGACAAAUUUAAACCAGGCUGCUCAAUGGAAGCCCCAGGUCCACAGCUGUACCUAUCUCUAUCUUUGUACUCUUAUUUAGCUCUUAUUAAAAAUUACCAACAAUGGGAAAAAAACUGUACUUCUUACAAGAAGACCUGCAAGCCAUCAUAAGAACUUUCUGAUCAAUAAUUUGCCUUCCAAUAUGUAAAUUGUAUACCACAAUUGAUAAGACAGGGUUUACAACCAUUUAAACAGAAAUUCAAUUCUGGCAAUUGAACAGAGCAGUAAAAAAAGAAAAUUGUGUGGAACUAAGGAUUAUCUACUAUGAAAGCCAUAAAGAAAAGCUGUUAUAAUGGGUGGAAUCUAUGGUAUGGCUAGAUCACAAAAGCAAAAAAAAAAAAAAAAAUGACACUGCUUCCCAUUCAUGGAUCUCAAAAUGCUUCAAAAAUUACAAAAUAUACCACAUGUGAUAUGUUAUGUAGUAGUCGUUCUGAAUCGCUGGUAAACCACUUUGACAGAAUAAUAAAAAACCCAGAUAGAAGAAUUCAGCCGAGGAUAUUCCAGGCUUAUUUUCAGUAUUGAUGCUUUGUUUUGCCCUUAGCCCAUUAAGUUGUUUACUUAACAGCCUUGCUAAAUGUCAUCUCUCCUUUUUUGGAUGAUUCAAAAUUGUAUAUCUCAUCUUGCAAGCCUCUAAAAGUACAAUUGCAAAUGGUUAAACUUUUUCAGAUGACAGCAAAAUGACAUUUGGCAUUGAUACAUAUGAAAAAGGGUGAUGUUUAUAGCAGGAAGUCUGAUGGAAUGUGUAAAUAUCUGGGAAUAGGCGAAGUGUCAAUAAUAUAGCAUGAACAAAUGGGAACAAAGCUUAGUAACAAUGUUUUAGAAGAUUAAAAACAAUACUGAAAAGUGCUCUGAUAUCUAUGAAUAAAGUUCAAACUUUAAAUCAUCUUGCCUUCCCUUUUCUGACUUACAACUUUGGUAUGAUUGAUUGGCCUCAGGAUUGGAUACAAAAACAACAAAACUACUUUAUGCUUGUCAAAUGAUGUAUAAAAACAUUAUUUGUAAGAUUAUACAUUUGUCAGUCUGAAGGGGUGGUUGGGUAGAUAUAUAUAUAUAUAUAGGUGGGUAGAUACAUUUAUGCUACAUUUGAUCAAAAAUGCUUUUGACUGAAUCGGAAAAAAAACGACAAAGUACAUUUGACUGAAAAGUCAUUUUGUUGAAAACUUUUAAAGUCUAGAGAUGGUAUUUGUGGUGUUGUUUUCGAUCAUAGGAGUUAUUAGGGUAUUAAUGUAGAAGAUUCUGUGUGGGGUAAUGCCCAUCUUCAAGUUGUACCCCCAGAUUUGGAGAUGCAUCUGAUUAUGUGCCUGUGCUGAUUCGCUGUGUGUGCGGUUUUCUCAUUCCACAGAUUCCAAAAGCAUUUAGGAAGGAAGCAGUUAUGGAAAUCCAAUCAGAAGUGAACAGAAACCUGGUAGCAAUGGCUAGCUAUAAAAAGUAAAAUAAAAAAGAUAACGUUCUCGACCAAAACAAAUGUAGAAAGUUCAUAAUGAUGGUAACAUUUCCAGAGGAGGAGGAGUAGUUGACCAGCCACAUGUUGAUCAAGAUUUGAUGCAUGUGUGGUUCAGGUGAGAAUUUAAACCAAAAGAUAAAAGGUUAACAGCAGCUGAAGACAGUGAUGCAAUGGUGCAAAAAUGUGUAGAAAAGGGAGGCGGUACAGACAACUGCACGUUUGUACUACAAAACUAAAGACAGUUACACUUUUUGUAGCAGGGUGUCAUACACCCAUAGCUAAUGAUCUAUAUACAGAAAACCACAGUGAUGUGUAGAUAUUGUUGUACUGGAAACUUUGGAAAAAGAGCCAAAAAAAUGUAUGAAAAUAAAAAAAAUAUGAUGAUGUGAGAUCAUGUAAUAGUAACAGUUAAGAAAAUAGAUGCAAGAAAACUAGAUAUGAAGUCUAGUCCAAGAACAGGAAAAAUGUCUAGUCCAAGUCCAAGAAAAAUGAGCAAAAGUAUUCCUAAUCAUUGAAAUAUCUACACCUAAUGAUUGUCAUGUUCUGUGUACAGAGAAACACAAUCAUAAUAUAUCGGGAUAUGCAAGCAGAACCUACAGCACUGUAGAAUAAAGACAACCAGACAGUCCCAGUAAAUAGCAGGAGCAACACAGCUAAUUCAAAUAACUCUGAAAUGUGCAUAAAUAUGCUACUGAUAUGUGUAUCUCUGUAUGAACUACAGGAGACCAGUUUUGGUAGAUUGUGGGUGAUUUUUGGUAGUGAAGCUGUAUUCAUUUUAUGAACUCUUAUUGCGCCCCAGUACAGGAAUGAAAUCCAUUCCUGUCACAGUAUUAGAUACCUAAAACAUUGCAACCAUUAAAACAGAAAAGUGUUAGUAAUACCAGUUCAAUAUUGUACACCAUGCAUGUGAUGGUUUAAAAAAAUCUGUUGAAAAGUGAGCGACAGUUUCACAUCUUGUUAGUGGUUGUGAUAUAUUCAAGGCUGAGGGUCUGCUUAACGAAAGGCAUGCUAAAGUUGGAAGAUUGUUGCAUGAGGAUUUUGCCAUCACCACAACAUAACGGGUAUUUGAGAAGCACUGGAAAGGUGAACCACAACAAACUAUGAAAACUGAGUAAGAAUCACAUAGAAAUCAUAGGUUCAUAGGUAGGUAUUAGGCUAUCGGCCCUGGGGCCUAUGCAAGCCCAG